CUCUCACGACACAGAGCCCAGAGGGGAUAAAAAGUGCAAACACAGAAACGCAACUUCUGGAUUGUGUGCCAAGAAACUGGAAAAGGAAAGAUUAAAGCGCUAUUCACCAGUCUUGUAGCAAACUACGACUCUGCAAAAAUGGGUUGGAUUUGGAGGGACGAUGACGAUUACGAACAACCCAUCGAAUCUAAUUCUUUUGAUGUUGCGAAAUUCCAAAGGUCUAAUGCUAACCCUAGUCCCCAUUCAAGCGAUCGAUGUUCGACGAGGAGGAUUGUGCAGUCUAAAUGCAAUACUGAGGAGGUCGAGCCUGGUAAAUUCAUCAGGAGGUGCGAGAAAACGGAGCAGAUUCUCAGGGAUUGCGUCGGCAAGCCUACUGAGAUUGUGCAAUCUAAUAAAGAAUACACGGAAGAAGAUGUGACUGAUGAGGUUAAGAAAGCUUCAUCUCCUUUGUCCUCUGAAUUUAUGCGACCCUUUGAACUCCCUGGACUCCGCAGUGACAUUGAGGCAAUUGAGCGUGGUGUGUUUGGUGGUAUAAACCGUUUCUUUGAAGCUGCCGAAGAGAUUAGAAAUGAGUUUUCUGGAUUUCUGAAUAAUCCUUCCUCAUUUGAGGGGUCCUCAUCAUCAUCAAGAAGGCGGGAAAUACCCUUGGAAGACCGUCUUUCGAAGAAAUCAAAUACAACACAGCAUAACUCUGAGUCUGGGGAUGUUGAUAUUUCUGGACUAGCUAGGGAUGUCUAAUUUGAUCGAGUUUGAAUCGUGGGCAUUCCAGUUUGAAAUGAUAAGCGAAUGAAAUAUAUGCAAUUCAUUGUAACAAAGUGUUAGUUUCAAACUAUCAACCUUAAGAAUCUUGGCUGGAUUUUUGUAAAGUCUCUUUUUUUUCACCAUUUUGUUAUAUUGCUAUAGUUGCUUGGAAUUUAUAUACUGUAUUUGCAGCACUUAAUCUAAGAUUGCUGUAUCAAGAUAUUUCCCUCACCAGUAUCACACAGAAUGUAACUGGGUCAAAGCUUAUGCUCCUUCCAAGACAAUAUGGUUAUAUGGAUGUAUCAAGAUAAUGCCAGACCUACAUUCACAUCAUGAUUCAGAAUUUCAGCUUGAGGCUAAUAAUAUGGGUGUAUUUCAUAAUAAUAAUAAUAUAAGCUUAUUUGU